AUGGGAGAAAGACGGAGCGAGAGGAGACUCAGGAGGAAGCAGGAGGAGAGGCGACGGAUUGAGGAGAAGAGAGGAGAAAGAGAAGAAGAGAGGAGUGGAGAGGGAGAUGAGGAAAGAAAGCAAGGGAGAGAAGAGGAGAAGGUAGAGAAGAGGGAAGGAGAGAGAGAGGGGUGGAAGAGUUAUGGUUACUGA